AUGGAAAUUGUAAUUGCGAUAUUAUCAUUUGUUCCUGCUAAAGCUCUUUAUAGAUAUCGUUGUUUAUCAAAAGAAUUACAAUUUGAAAUACACAAGAUAUUAGUUGAAAGGAUUAAGGAUAAUUUCAAAUCGGGAAAGAAUUAUUUACUGGCUACCAUUGAACCUUUAGAUACUCAUAGUUCAGGACCAACUCACAUAUUUGAUUUAAUCUUGUUAGAAAUUAAUUUAAACACAUUAGAGAUUAGGUUCAAGAUCAACACAAAAUUGAAUGAUAAUACAUCAAGUCCAAAGAUAAUAGGUAGAAAAUUAGAAGGUACAGGGAUCUGGGAAACGACGAGACAAAAUGUUGAUAUAAGUUUAAAAUCUUCAUGGACACCUUUUAAUGUUGAUCAUUACUCUGCCGAAUUAAAUAAAUUUGCUUCUUUACACGUUUUUUCUCCUAUUGAUAUAAGUCAUAAGGCUACUUUUGUUGCUAAAGGUAUCGUUACUUUUAAUAUGGAUACCAAACCUGAAACUUUGGUUUGGUGGAAAAAACCUAUUGAUAUUCAUAAUCAAGCAAUUCUAGUUGUUAGAAAUACGAUCGGUGAAUUUGAUGUAUUUGAUUCUAUAAUUGUUAUGGCUUUGGUUGAAGAGGUGGUUAUAAAAGCGGGUAUUUUAUUAACUGCCAUGGAAGAAAAUUGGAAGAAUGCUGUUACAAGUGUUGUCAUUGAAGAUUUUUAUGAAUAA